AUGGAGCAGCAGCAGCAGCAGCAGCAGCAGGCGCCGUCCACCGCAUGGCCACUACAGGCAGAGCACAGCAGCAGCAGCAGCAGCAGCAGCAGCAAUGGCAUUCUCGCCUCUUCGACAGCGAGCUCGACAAAGGCGCACACCUCCCCUGCAGCAACAGCAGCAGCUGCAACAGCAGCAACAGCAACGACAGCAGCAGCAGCAGCAACAGCAGCAGCAGCAAGAAGACUGAACCUUGCUGCAGCAUGCCUAGACAGCGACAGCAGCAGCAGCAGCUCUGACGACGGAGGCUAUGGGCUGUCCCUACGCAGCCGUGGCCCACUAGCUCCUGGAGCUGCAGGCAAACCUGCUGCUGCUGCUGCUGCUGCCGCUGCUGCUGCUGCUGCUGCUCGGUUGGCAGCUCUGGAAGACUCUGAAGGCAGUGGAGAUGAAGAGUGGCUGCAGGGUUUACUGAACUCAGCAGCAAAAGCCCAGGGACAGCGCCAACGAGUCUCAGGUAGCAGCAGCAGCAGCAGCAGCAGCAGCAAGAGCAGCACGCCUCGAAGCCCCCGCGUCUUGACCAGCGCCCACGGCGAUGCGAGAGCUCAGGAAGCCAGCAGCAGCAGCAGCAGCCGCAGCAUCAGCAGCAGCAGCAGCAGCAGCAGGCGCGCGCAGCAGCAGCCCACAGCCUCACCAGCAGCAAACGCCAGUUGCGAGCCAGAUUGCUGCAGCAAUUUGCUGCCAGGCGAAAAUUUGAAGUUUUUUGCUGCUCUUUGCUUCCGCCGGCGGGCCAUUUGGGGCAAAGCAGCAGCAGCAAGGCGCGGGAAUGCUGCUGUUGCUGCUGCUGUGUGGGAGGCUGCAGCAGCAGCAAAGCCUGCAGCAGCGCCAGCAGCAGCAGCAGCACUCGAAGAAGCGCUGCAGCCUCUGCAGGCAGCAGCAGCUGAGCUCGCGCUGCCGCUCGCAGGCCCCAAGGCGGCGCAGCAGCAGGUUAUCCCUGCUGCAGCAGGGCAGCCAGCAGCAGCAGCAGCAGCUGCUGCUGCUGCUGCUGGCUGUCCCGCGCCAGUCAGUGCAGGGCAGCAGCCAGCAUGGGGGCUGCUAUCUCCCUGCAGCUCGGGGGGUUUACUGAACUCAGCAGCAAAAGCCCAGGGACAGCGCCAACGAGUCUCAGGUAGCAGCAGCAGCAGCAGCAGCCGCAGCAUCAGCAGCAGCAGCAGCAGCAGCAGGCGCGCGCAGCAGCAGCCCACAGCCUCACCAGCAGCAAACGCCAGUUGCGAGCCAGAUUGCUGCAGCAAUUUGCUGCCAGGCGAAAAUUUGAAGUUUUUUGCUGCUCUUUGCUUCCGCCGGCGGGCCAUUUGGGGCAAAGCAGCAGCAGCAAGGCGCGGGAAUGCUGCUGUUGCUGCUGCUGUGUGGGAGGCUGCAGCAGCAGCAAAGCCUGCAGCAGCGCCAGCAGCAGCAGCAGCACUCGAAGAAGCGCUGCAGCCUCUGCAGGCAGCAGCAGCUGAGCUCGCGCUGCCGCUCGCAGGCCCCAAGGCGGCGCAGCAGCAGGUUAUCCCUGCUGCAGCAGGGCAGCCAGCAGCAGCAGCAGCAGCUGCUGCUGCUGCUGCUGGCUGUCCCGCGCCAGUCAGUGCAGGGCAGCAGCCAGCAUGGGGGCUGCUAUCUCCCUGCAGCUCGGGGUUUGCUGCGCUGCAGCAAGUGACGCAAUCUGCGGGGAUUGUGACAGCAGUUUGCCGCAGCAACGAUUUGGUGGCUGUGGGGACUUCAAGGGGUGUUUGUGUUUUGUCUCGUUUGGAGUCUCGCCGCUUUAGCGGAGAAGCAGCAGCAGCAGCAGCAGCAGCAGCAACAGCAGCACCCGGGGAGGGCAGCCCCGCGCUCGCAGCUGCUGCAGCGGACCUCAGCCGCAACUUUGCUGCUUCAAGGUGUCUGCUGUGCUGCAGCCUCAGCAGCACUUGUGCAUUCCCAGCCCCAAACGAAGCAGCAGGUGCUGUUGCUGCUGCUGCAUGCAGCAGCGACGGCAGUCUGCUGCUGCUGAGCUACAAGAGCGGCCUCAUAGCCUGGGUUGCUGUUGCUGCGCCGCCGGCCAGCACUCCGCAGCAAACAGAUGCGCAGCAGCAGCAGCAGCAGCAGCAGGGUGAAGAACGAGAGCAGCAGCAGCAGCAGCAGCAGCAGCAGCAGAAUAAACAGUUCUCGGUAGAGCUGCUGUGUCUUGCCCGAUCGCGGGCUGCUGCAACACCUUCUGGAGGGGAUGCUUCGAGACAGCAGCAGCAGCAGCAGCAGCAGCAGCAGCGCAGCCACCUCUGUUCUGUGCGAUUUCUUGAGGGCAGCAGCAGUGUCUCAUCGUUGCUUCGCAGCAGCAGCAGCAUCGGCAGCAGCAGUAGCAGCAACGGACGCAGCCUGGGGUCUCGAGGGUGUGUUGCUGCUGCUCUCGCGGUAGAUGAGACGGGCACUUUGCUGCUGCUGCUGCUGCACCGCCGGCUGCUAAAUUACAGCACAGAAGAGCGCCUGCUGGCUACGGGAAUACCCUCCUUGGGCGCCCUCCUUGACGUUCGGCCCAUGCCAGUGCUUCCCGCGUCACCAGUGUGCUGCUUCGCAGCACCUGAGGUGCUCCAGCAGCAGCAGCAGCAGCAGCAGCAGCAGCAGCCGCACAUUGCUGCAGUCGCCUGCAGCAGCGCCGUGGUCGUUCUGACUGUCGACAGCAGCGCGAGCCUGGCUUAUCACCUCGACCUGAGCGAGCAGCAGCAGCAGCAGCAGCAGCAGCGGCUGGUGCAGCAGCAGCAGCAGCUGCAGCCGCAGGUGCUGCAGAACUUCCCCUGCAUCUGCUGGAUGGCCAGCAGCGACAAAAGCCGCCGCCUUUUCUCUUCUCCUGUACUGGCAGUUGCUGCAGGCCCUUUGCUGCUGCUGCUGCAGCUCGACGGCAGCAGCGUGACGCGCCUUUCUCCCUCGUUUGGCCUCUGUGCUGCAGCGCAAGCAGUGGAGGCCCUGGGGGACUCUGUCAUUUGCGUGCUGCACUCCUCUUCUGUAGUGACUCUUUACCAAUUAGUGGAGCAGCAGCAGCAGCAGCAACAGCAGCAGCAACAGCUGCAGCUGGUGCUGUUGCAGCACCUGGAUGUGGGACAUGUGCGACCGCUCUACUACAGCUUCUCAGACACCUCGAUUAUCGUGCAGAAGCAGCAGCAGCAGCAGCAACAGCAACAGGCAUGCGAAAAUUCUUCUGCUGUUGCUGCUGCUGCAUAUGGCGCCGCCUCUGGGGGCGCUGGGGCCCUCCCACUAGUGGCCCUCAGCUAUGCGGGAGCCCUGGCAGCAACUCAGGUGUCUUUAGCUGCUGCAUGCGGGCAAGAGGAGUUCAAUUACCUGCGGGAAAUGUGUGCACAGCAGCAGCAGCAGCAGCAGCAGCUGCUGCAGCAGCAGGGGCGGUACACACAGCAGCAGCUGCAGCAGCAGCAGCAGCACGCGCUGCAUCAGCCCUGCUGCAGCAGCUGCUCCGCAUGCCUUUGUGCUGCUGCUGCUGCGGGCUGCAUCGGCGCUUUCCAGCUGACAGUAGCGGGACUAGAGGGCCUCCUAGUUCUGGAGCUUCACUGUCCCUUAUUUGUCGUUGCAGCAGCAUUUAGAAAAGGUCGAGUGGAUUUGCCAUUAGCGGUUGCUGCUGCUGCACUCAAUGGAUCAGUCCCUCCCCUCCUCUCUGUUCCCUCAAGUGCAGCCGCUCGCCAGCGCUUCUCGGAGACAGUCUGUCCCCCGCUGCUUGCUGCUGGUGCAACUGCAGCUGACAACAGCAGCAGGAUGCAGCUUGAGCAAAACGAGCAGCAGCAACAGCAGCAGCAAGAGCAGCAGCAGCAGCCCCUGGUUGCUGUGGGGCUGGCCGCAGCAAGAGCUUUUUCGUGCUGCUUCGAGAUGUGCGACCUGCUGCAGAUUCCAGGAUUGCUGCCUCCGUUGCUGCUGCAGUGGCUUCUGGAACAACAGCAGCAGCAGCAGCAGCAGCAUCAGCUCAGCGCGGGCAGCGGCAAAGAGGCGAUGCUGCAGCGGCAGCUGAGAGCAGCUGCAGCAGAAAAAUGUGCUGCUGUACUGUUUGCCUUAACGAGUCGCCAUUUGCUGCUGCAGCAGCUUCCUGCUGCUAGCGUGCCUAACAGUUUGCUGCUGCGGCUGCUAGCCUACCUGGAAGCCCAGCUUGAGGCAGCAGCAGCAGCAGCAUUCCCUCAAGGGCAACAGACGCCAAGGGCACAGACUGCUGCUGCUGCUGCUGCUGCUUUUCUGGGACACGAUGCAGUUGACGAGGCCGCGUUAAUUGCAUGGCUGCAGCAGCCACAAGCAGCAACAGCAGCAGCAGCAGCAGAAGCAGCAACUGCAGCAACAGAAGCACAAGAAAAGGACACCAACUUCUCUGGCUUCUUUCUGCUUAAAACUUCAGUAAGAGAGGCAUCGGCGAAAGGGAAAGCGCCUAAGGAAUACAGCAGCAGCAGCAGCAGAAGCAGCAGCAGUGAUAGCAGCAGCAAAGCUGCAACAGAGGGCAUCGCACAGCUGCAGCGCACACGACGCCUGAUAGAGUCAGUGCUCAUCUAUCUAAUCCAGCAGCAGCAGCAGCAGCAGCAGCAGCAGCAAGAGCAGCUGGAUAUACACUCCAUGGCCCGUGUCGCCUGCGCACAUCGUCUGUGGACAGCAGCAACGACCCUGCUGUAUCGAGGUUUUGCUGAUGCUAUUGCCCCCAUAGAGUGGCUGCUGGGCGAGCAACUGCGCAUACACCGCGUGCUGCAGCAGCAAAUGCGGCAGUUCCUGUGCCCUCCGCUAGAAGCAGCAGCAGCAGCAGCAGCAGCAGAAGGGGAGCCCACUCCCGCAGCAGCAGCAGCUGCUGCUGCUGCUGUUGCUGCUGACGCGCUUAAGGCGCUGCCUGUGUUCGUAGGCGAGGCAGACUGGCAGCUGCUGCUGCUGCAGCAGCUGGUCUUGGGCCAUUUGCAGUGCCUGUGGCAGGACAAGGCCUUCCCGCUGCAUGAAGCAGCAGCAGCUGCAGCAGCAGCUGCAGAAGCAAAGACCGAGUUCGCAGCGGAGCACAUUCACGAGCUGCAGCGCGUUGUAGAUUAUAUUUUUAGGAGGAAAGGAGCAGCAGCAGCGGCAACUUCUGCUGCUGCUGCUGCGCCCCUACUGGUGCCUUUUGGGCAGCACAGAAGCCAGGACCAGCUAGAUCAGCAGCAGCAGCAGCAGCAAAAGCAGCAACAGCAGCUCUUCCAACCCCGAGACCCCCCUGCCGUACUGGAGCGGCUGCUGCUGCUAUCUAGCAGCAACAGCCUGGCGCUGCUGAGCGACCUGCUGCUGCUGCCGCUACCGCGGGUUGCGCUGCAGCAUUACGUUGCUGCUGCGCUGGAGCAGCAGCAGCAGGCUGCAGCAACAAUGCUGCAGCAGCAGCAAGACCCACCGAUGGACUUAUCACCCGCAGCAGCAAACAGCAGCUCUUACGAGGCAUGUCUGCUGCAGGUGCUGCUGCCAGGUGUCGCAGACACAAUCCUGUCGCUGCAGCAGCAGCACGCAGUCCACCGCGCUGCAGCAGACAAAGUCUCAGCAGCGGCAGCAGCAGCAGCAGCGGCAGCAGCAAGUAGCGCUGAUGCCUUUAAAGGCCCUCUGUGGGCCUUAAAGAGUCUGCUGCUGCAGCAGCAGCAACACAUGCAGCGGCUGCAUGCGGGCCUGUGGCAGCUGCUCGCUGUUGCUGCUGCUCGCACGCAGCAGCAAAUAGUAAGCGACGCCUUGCUGCUGCAGCAGCUGUCUCUCUUUCUCAUUCGCGGGAGGCCUUGCAGUCUGGUGCUGCUGCGAGCCUGCAGCAGCAGCAGCAGCAGCAGCAGCGGUGGCAGCAGCUCCAGCUGGAGUGUAGAGCUUGAGGAGGACCUUGAGCGGCUGCUGCUGCAGGAGGCAGCAGCAGGCGCUUCUGAAACAGAAGGCAGCAGCAGCACCAGCAGCAUGGAUUGCUGCUGGACUGAUCAGCAGAGAGAGGCCUUACUGAUUCGCCUCGUUGAAAAUGUUGCAGCAGCAGCAGCAGCAACACCAACAGCAGACAAAUACGCGCUGCUGCAGCGCGUGCGCAGCGCUGUGGCUCCCCUGGAGCAGCAGCAGCAGCUGCUGGCAGCAAAAGGCUUCCAUGCUGCAGCAGCACGUCUGUUCGAAGUGUCGCGGGCCUACGACGACUUCCUUGGCUGCUGCCUCCUUUCCCAUAGUCAGCAGCAGCAGCAGCAGCAGCAGCAACCGCAGCAGCAACAGCAACCGCAGCAGCAGCACCAACCGCAAGAACAGCAGCACCAGCAGCAGCAGCAACAGCAGCAACAGCAGCAGCAGCAGCAGCAGCAGCAGCAGCAGCAACAGCAACAAACGGUGGAGCUUUGCUGCGCGUCUCCAAGCCUGUCGCUGUCUUGGCUCCCCGGGGGCCCAGCAGAUGUCUUUGAUGAAGUAAAGACUUUGUUGGGCGGCAGCAGCUCUGCUGCUGCUGCUGCUGCUGCUGCUGCUGACGCUGCUGCAGCGGGUGUCUUCCCAGCAGCAGCGGAAGUCCAGCACCACACCAGCAGCAGCAGCAGCAGCAGCAGCAGGCUGUGGGACUACUGGCGGCUGCAGCUGCUGGACCUUUCUGCUUUUGCCAAGGCUGUCUGCCGUUUGCUGCCGCUGCUGCUGUCGAGAGACACAGAACGGACAGGGGCCCUUUUGAGUUUGCUGCUGGAGGCGGGGGCCCAAAACGCGCAGACAGAGCAGCAGCAGCAGCAGCAGCCGCAGCAGCAGCAGCAGGAAUACGCGUCUACGCUUCUCAGGCUUCUAGAUGGGAGCCUUGCGCUGCAGCUGCAGCUGCUGGACAAGCUGCUGCUGCCGUCGGAGCCAAACAGCAGCAGCAGCAGCAGCAGCAGCAGCUUCUCACGGUACUUCUCCUCGCAGCAAAGCUACACGGAGUUUCUCCAUGCUGAACUGCCAAGGCAAGCAGCAGCAGCAACAGCAGCAGCAGUAGCAGCAGCAGCAGCAGCACAACCUAUACCAGAGGCAGCACUUACGAAGUUUAUAGAGGCAGCAACAGCAGCAGCCCCAAAUCCGUCUCGUGCUGCAGCAGUGCUGCAGCAGCUGCUGCCAGCAGAGGAGCAGCUGCCCCCAGACCUGCUGGAGUCUUUGCUGCUGGUCUCAACGCAGCACAAAGCAAUGGAUGUUACUGCUGCACUCCUAGAGCGCAGCGGCGCUGUUGAGGGGACGCUGCAGCUGCUGGAGUCUUCAUUUCGGGAGGCGCUGGAAAGCAUUUCGCUGCAGUUUAAUUCGAGUGUAUAUACACUGGGGCCGGUGCUGCGGUGUCUGCGCAGACGGCUGGCCGGCUGCAGCAGCUUUGGGCCUCCUGCAGCACAGUUUGCUGCUGCUGCUGCUGCUGCUGCUGCUGCUGCUGAGGGGGGCACGGCUUACCGCACGCUGUUGCAGCCCGGUGCACUGCAGGCAGCUCCAGCAACAGCGGCGCCUGCUGCUGCUGCUGCUGCGGGAGCAGCAGCAGCAGCAGCAACGGGGGAGAGCUGGUGGGCGGAGUGCAAAGAACUAGCAAAUGUCUUCCGUGCUGUAGAAGCAGCAAAACGCGUUUGCUGCAGCAGCAGCCACUUCAUCACCCCCCGCAGGCAGCAGCAGCUUUGGCGCAGCAUGGCGCUGCUCACUGUGCAGAUCUACGAAGCAAACCCAAUGACGCAGCACUUGCUGCAGCAGCAGCAGCAGCAGCAGCAGGACAAACGGCAGCAGCAGCAGCAGAACAAGCAGCAGCAGCAGCAGGAAAACAAGCAGCAGCAGCAGCAGCAGGACAAACAGCAGCAGCAGCAGCAGCAGCAGCAACGGGAGAGCAACCAACUGGAGAAGCGGCUGCUUGCCGUCGGCGACUUGGGAGAAGGAGCUGCUGCUGGUGCCGCUGCUGCUGCUGCCGUUGAGGGUCCCGUUGCUGCUGCUGCUGCUGCUGCUCCUGCUGGGAGGCAACAGCAGCCGCUGCGCUGCACGCUGUUUACAGUGCUUCUGGGCGAGGUGCUUGCUGCUGUGCUGCGGUGCUACAGAAGCUGCACAACCAGCAGCAGCAGCAGCAGCAGCAGCAGCCUGACGGGCCUAGAGAAGCAGGCUUGCUACCCCACAGAAGCUGCUGCUGCUGCUGCAGUCAUGGGCGAGCUGUGCCAGCAGCUGCCGCAGUCGCACGUUGCUGUUCUAAAGCCUGCUCUCGUCGAGCUUUUGUCAGUGCUGGAGGGGGAACGUUCGCUGCUGUCUACAGUUUGUGCUGCAGCAGCAGCUGACAGCAGUUUGCUGCUGCGGCUGCUGGCAGAGCGGAGGCUGGGGGGUCUUGCUGUGUCUCUUUCUGGCAGCAAAGAAGGCAGGAGGCAGCAGGCUGCGCUUUGCUGCUGCUGCGGGGGCCCUUUGCUGCUGCCGCCCCCCACUGCCGCUGCUGCUGCUGCUGCUGUGCGCAGCAGCAGCAGCAGCGGCGCAGGCGCGCCCGCCAGCAGCAGCAGCACCGCAAGUGGGACCCUCAGCAGCAGCAGCAGCAGCAACAACUGGUCAAUUGCUGCCUUUGCAUGCAGCCACUUGUACCACACUGCCUGUCUGACUGCAGCACUGCGCUGCCGCCUCUGCGCUUCUCUUUUCUUUUUGCUGCUUUUCACCGAAAGUGAAGCCCCGAAAAGUCUCCCAGACCCCCCAGCAGCAGACAGACGGGCAUGCAGCAGCAGCCCGGCGCUGCGCAGACACCGCGGAGCAGCUGCAGCCGCAAGAAGCCGCACGGGUAUUUCUUUUAGCUGCAGCGCAGCAGCAACAGCAGCAGCAGCAGCAGCAGCAGCACGGCGGUGGCGGCAGCGCAGCGGCAGCAGCACCUGUUGCGGUGUGGUGACAGCUGGGCGCGAAGAAGCGAUGCAGCACGAGCAGCAGCAGCAGCAACGACGGCAGAAAUAG